GGCGGCGAUCCAGACAGCCAACAAGAAGAGCUGCUGGACUACCAUGGAGUACUCUGCCUGCCGGCUCAUGUCCACUGCGCAGCCGAAGCUCAAUGAUUGUCACCAGCCCUAUGAGAAGGACAUCCACAUGCAGAAGGGCUUGGGCUGGACCUUCUUCACGGACACCACCUUUGCGUACUGGAAGAGCUCCGAUUGCGGCCUCUCGUCCCGCGCGAUCUCGGUGAAUAUGUGGGCCGCCGAGGUGAGCUUCCCAGCAACCUUCACUCGCACCACAUGGUACCAGUCCGACCCUGACGCGCGCUUUGAGUUGAGCACCGAACGAUUGGAUUCAGCGUAUGCCGGCCGUGCCAGUCCAUGUAAGAGCACCGGCGGUGGCUGCAUGGGCUUGGAUCAGAUGCUGAUCCAAGAUACCGAUGGCACUUUGACAGGAAUGGGUGCUGAGCAUGCCAGCAUCCUGCCCUACACACCCCGCACGGAUAUCGUGUGGGCUUCGAUGUGCAACAACAGCCUCCAUGACACCACCAUUGGCGCACAGGUGUGUCCCAACAUCUCUGUGGAUCUACUGGAGAUGAAGAACAUCGAUCGCGGGGCAAAGGACGUGAAGUUUGGUCCUUUGGUCCUCACGCCCGAUGAGGAGGAAGACAACGGCUUUGAGGGCGGUGUCUUGAGUAGCGUUGGGCCCUUCUAUGCGAGCUGCCCAUGUGGUUGGGACUUCUCCUUCUACCAUGUGCUCAUCCAACCCGAUACGACCUACUACAUGGAGGUCUUGUCCUUGCCGGAAAAUUUCAAGCUCCGCUACUGGAACACGCAAACCACAGAGUCUGUGCUGCUGGAAAUCUUCUAUCCGGACUCACGUGGUGUGAACGUCUUCGUGGGCAACGCCAAGAAGCCUGAUAUGGCCCUGAAGCUGGGCCGCAAGCCCACACUAGACGACGAGCAUGGAGCCCAUGUGGUGGAUGCUCAAGCGCUGCGCUUGUACGUGACCAUGCGGGGCUCACAAGCCGGAUUCGAUGCCCGACAGGACCUCACCAUCCGGCGCACGCCGACGGUGAAGUUGAAGAUGAACAUCGAGAUCUCCAUCGAAGAGUUCAACGGGCCGACCUUCCAGACGAACUUGGCCAUUCUGCUGGGCAUCCCUCCGGAGCGGAUCAUUGUGGCCUCUGUCCAGGCUCGUCGUCGUUUGAAGCUGGUGGAGAUGACAGAAGACGCAGAGCUGUCAUGCUUUGAGGAUCACUGUCAGCGAGGCCGUCGCUUGGCCACGGUGGACCAGACGGCACUGGACAUCAGCAUCGAACCUUCAGCCGACGCGGCGAGCGGGAGAUCAGAUCGGCUGGACAGUGUUGUCGGCUCGGGCUUCCUGGGUGGGCAGCAGCUGCCACGGGUGGCGACUCAUCCAGUUCAGGCGGGCGGCCGCAGCACCGGGCGGCCUCGGAAGCUCAGAGCUGCGGAUGGACGGGACUCAGGAAAGGAGACGCAGCAUGCGUCGGUCUCGGUCAAGAGACGCAGCAACGCAGUUGGCACAGCGACCGGGACCUUUUGCGUUGGCACUUCGAGUUUGAAUGACACGCGCGCGCUGCAGCUGCGAGCAGACCAUGCAGAUCGUGUAGUCUAG